AUGCUAACAAAAAUAACUUGGAUAUGGACACUUCUUCUGCUGGGACUCGCUUUUUUCGAAGAAACAUCUGAGCGAAAUGGCGAAAUCAAUGCAGCAGUGACGAAGAAACUGAAAAGUUUUUUGGAUAACUUCCGGAAGAAUAACACCGAGGUUCUCAACUGGAUUCCAAGAAUCCGUAUGGCAUUGAAUAGUAAUACCACCUGACUAGCGAAUAAGUUCGAUUUUGGCUUCGAGAGUUUGGAGCAACAGAUUUUGGAUCGCAUUGAGGAGCUGGAUAGCAUUAUUCCCCAUCAAAAGCAUUCAAAAUUAACUGAAAUUGAACUUCAAAAGAACUGA